CGGCCGUGUCCUUAUUGUCCAUAUGAGGACUUCACUCCUGAACACUUAAUUCAAUGUCUCCAUAUGUACCGUCGGUUUAAUAUGCCGCUAACCAUUGAUAAUCUGAUUUCCUUUUUCCUUGACCAGUUGCCUUUAGAAAUACCAAAGUCUCCACAACUAACUUCACCUUGA